AUGGGUAAACAAUAUAUAUCAACAGUAUCAGCAUCACAAGCUCAUAAUUCAGAUAUUUUGGGUUUAGAAAUUACAAAUAAAUAUACAAUAACAAUAUCAAGUGAUGGAUAUUUAAAAUUAUGGGAUAAUAAAAAAGAUGAAAUUCAUAAUCCUUUGGAAGGAGUUGAAUCUUUUUUCAUAAAUAAGAGUGGAUUACAUCAUUUAUCAAUAUAUGAAAAUAAACUACCAAAUUCUAUAAUAAAGAUUACAAUUAUUGCAAUAAGUUGUUUUAAUGGAGAUUUAUAUUUAAAAUAUUUUUUAAAUGAUGAUAUUUCAACUUUAAAAGAUUAUAAUGAAUUAAAAAUUUUAAAAAGUUGGGUACCUGGAUUUUAUAAAGAUCCUAAUUCAAAACAAGAUUAUUUUUUAGUAAAUAAAAUGAAUUCUAUAACUGAAGUAUAUAAAUUGAAAAUUGAACCAUUAAAUAAUGAUGAAGUAUCCAUAAAUUUUAUAAAACAUGGUGAAUUAAAUCCAUCAACCACCACAAAUAUACAAAAUUUCGCAAUAUCGUUAUCAAUAAAUCAAACAACAAAUAAAAAAUGUGCAAUUGGUUAUACAAAUGGUGAUGUAAAAUUAUAUGAUUUUGAAAAUUUAAAAUUAAUUUAUACUUUUAAAUCCAAUGAUUUAAUUUCAACAAAUAAUAAAAAUAAUUCAAUACCUAGAAUCUUGCAAUUUUCACCAGGAGGAACUUUAUUAGCAGUAGGUAGAGAUAAUCAAUCAUCAGGUUCAAUAACUUUAUAUGAUGUAGAACAUGGAGAAAAUAUUGGAAAUUUAAUUACACCUUCACAUUCAGCAAAAAAUAUUAUUGGAGGUUUUGCUCAUCAAGGUUGGAUUUUAGGUUUAGAUUUUAAUGAAGAUGGGAAAUUCUUGGUAAGUUGUGGAUUUGAUAAAUGUGUACGAGUAUGGAAUUUAGAUAAUUUAGAAAGAGAAGCAACUUUAAAUUUAAAUAUUAGUGAUUUAGACACCAACAAUGUAGAAGAACAAGAUGAAAGUAUACCUAGUGGAGUUAAAUUUUUGAAUAAAGGAAUAAGAGGUGGUUUAGGUGGUGAUUCAAAUGAAGGUAUAUGUGUUAUUAGUUUUGAUAGAGGUAUUAGAUGGUAUAGAGAAGCUGGAGGUGUAUAG